AUGAAACACCGUCGGCUUAGUGCCUUUCGCUCUCGAAAUAUCCAGUCAACUUCCCCUCACGAUGUUUCAUUGAACUCUCGCUCUUCUCUUCUUUCUGUCAAAGCCGCUCAACUCAAGGCAUUCCGCUCAAAAUGCACACAAUCUCUUGCGAUCUUCGUUGGAUGUCUCGGAUCUCCUGCAUGGGAGACCGACAUCGAACCCGACAUCGACAUGAACUCGACAAGGCAACGCCGAACUGCAUUGUUCAUGUACCAACUACAUCGGCAGUCCAAGCAGCGUUCUUCAAAAUCUUAUUCUGCGGCUCAUCGUUCGAGCAAGAGUUCGACUUCUCAGGCACCUCCAUCUCAAGCGCAGCUUACUCGUACUCGCUCCACGUCGUUCUUUAGUUUUUCCAGCGAGCAUAGUACAGAAAACACGACCAAGAAGCUCAGGUCCCAUCCUUUGCCUAAUAUCCGGGUCCUCACGUAUCCUACUAAAGUACGGUCGAGAAAAACUGCCACCAUCGCCCCCCAGAGGUAUUCACUAUUCGUCGAUAGCUCCAUUUCUGGACAGCUCGUCGACUUCUGCGAGAAAUGCGAUACUAGUCGCAGUAGUCUCCGGGCUCGUAACUUUUGUCAUCCAAGUGAUCGGACAACCUCUGGUGUCGAUAUUGGCCCGUCUUUAAGGCUUGUUGGAACGUCCGAUGUGACUGCCGUCCCUUACUCGUUCUUAUCUGCAUUUCCGCCUUCUUCUUUUGUUCUAUCACCCCUCACCGGAACUCGCGACUCUCUGCAGCUGCCUAGGCGUCAUUCAAAAUCAACUCGGAAGCCUAUCCCUCCUCUCCCACCGUUGCCAUCUUACAGUCUUUUCAGCCAACGGCCGUCAUGUAUAUCUCCGGCUGAGUUACCCGCAUCUCUGCCUCCCUCUGCAAGUGUUUCUCAUCUUUUGCCUCUUCUCGAGUUUUCUCCGCCCGCUAGCAUGUAUAGCUUUUCCGCCGUCACCGAGCAGGCACCCGCCUACUUGUCAAAGGAUAUCCCCUUGUCGCCUUACAAUUCUUCAAAGUUCGAGACUUGUUCUCUUAUCUCGCCGAACGCUCCUGAUUCUGUUGCCACUGUCAAAUUGCUUCCUCAUGUCUUGCACCCCGAGGAUCCCCUUGUGUUUGCUGUUCAGAAGAUGAAGAGAAAGACGAAACACAGGCGCUCAUCUGCUAUCAGGUCACGUAGUGGAAUCGUAGCCGGUGCAUCACCUCUACGCAUCAUGGCGCUCCCAGAAGAUAUCACAGACCGCAAGCCCGUUGGAGAUACACCUACCAGCGACAAGGAAAAUCGUGUUACUGCUACUUCCGCGAGCAAGGCUAUCAACGAUGGCCAACUUUACUCGAUGACAGAUGCCUCAAAUCGCUUGUUUCCUUUUCUAGGCCCGCCUUCUAGCCCGGAUGCACAACUUGAGUUACUUCCUCUAAACCGACCCAUUGAUAGAGCAUCCUCCGCCCGUUCUGUCAAAUCCACAAAAAGCCUCGCCCGUUCUGAUAUCGAGGGGUCUCUAAGCGACUUGUCAUCAUUGCAAACUCCCAAAUCUGAUCGCCUGGAUGAAGUAGACAUAGGCAUGCUGGGACUCGAUCGUUUUCACUGGUCUGAAGAAAGUGAGGAACUACUCAAGUCGUGCUCUUCUCAUAUCAAGAACGAUAGUGUGGCAUUGAUUUCUUUCUGGGAAGAGGGACAGUGGAUGCGUGAGAAUAAUCAGUGGUGA